CUGCGAACAGGGAUUCGAUAACAGGGAGUCGUCAGCACACAAUCAUUAUACCUGUAAAUUCAGACAGUGCCCGCCUCGCACCCGAGAUUCAGCAGUAGUUUUGCCUGUUUCAAUGCGCAUAUUAUUAUACAAAUGUCUUGUCUUUGUUACGCUUGUACGAAUUUCAUGAUUGGUACUCUGAUGAAUUUUCAAUGCCUUCAAUUAAAUCUCUGUUGCUUUACUGAAAACUUUACAUACUAUUUUUUCUUGUAAAACUCUUAUCCUGUAUUUUUUUUUAAUUCCAGAAAAAGAAUAUUUUUUGAGAGAAAUUAUUACAUAGUCCUAUUAUUAGCCUCUGUCAGCGCUCAUUGUAUACCAUCUGUCAUUUUGUCACUUCUAUUUGUUAGAAGGUUCAUUUAAGCAUUCCGUUAUUAAUUGCACCAGUCCUACUUUAUUGUGAGGAUUGCAUCUUUCAUGAGCAUCAACAAUUCCAGCGACACACAACUGUAUACUAAAAUAUCUACUUAGGGUACUAAAAAGUUAACAGCCGAAUUAAAUUUGUUCAAGUACACAUUAAAUUAGUAAAGUCAUUAGGAUUCCCAUAAAAAGUCAAUCGACCGAAUAGGCUGGCUUAUUGCUUGAAAAUAUAUUGCUUAUUUCGAUUUAUUAACUGGUUUAAUGAUUGUAAAUUUACUCAAUACAUACAAGAACUAUGUAUCAAUUAACUCAUCACCAUGUUAUGAGUCUCAUACUUCUAAACAUAGUUUAUUCAAGUGACGUAUUAGACGAAAAAGUGAUUCCUAGAAUAUUAAAUUUACACCCGAUUCAGCAUACGACUUCACAUAUGGAGGGUAAAGUGGUAGGAGGGAAAUCAGGUUCUCUCGAGCAGUUUCCUUUUCAAGCACAAGUAUACAAUUUAGGUGCUAUUUGUGCUGGGACGAUAUUAAACAGCUGGACAAUACUGACGGUGGCUCAUUGCUUUGAUCACAAUAAGAAUGUCCGAGAGUUGGAAGUGCAGACGGGUUCAAAAUACUUAUAUGGCUUCAAAGCAAAAAAGUAUAACGUCAGUUCCUUGGUCGUUCACAAAGCGUAUAACACGACAGCUCAAUUCAGCAACGACAUUGCUCUGAUCUUCUUGACUAGUCCCGUAGAAUUCGGGAAGCUAGUGCAGAAAGGUAUUCUGGUUGAUAAUGGAAAAUGGAUGUCUAAGUAUGAAAAAAACUUUAUUGUCAGUGGCUGGGGAUGGACACAGUAUGGAGGGCCAAUAUCACAGCGUGGAUUACUGACGACACAUCUGGGAUACGUUCCAUCUCGGCAGUGUGGUAGAUUUCACAAUCUCAGCCUCACCCCAGACAUGUUUUGUUUGUAUGGGGAUGGUGAAAGGGAUACCUGUAAGGGUGAUUCAGGCACUGGAGUACUUUGGAAUGGGUACAUCGUGGGGAUUACUUCACACGGCGACGGCUGCGCGAAGAAAUAUAAGCCGAGUGUUUAUACCAACGUUUGGUAUUUCAGGGACUGGAUCGAAAAACAUAUAAACAAUUUUUUUAAGGCGUUUUGCAAGUUUAACCAAACAUCCGUACAAAAGAAAUUAAAGACGAAAACGUAACAUGGACACUUUGCUGUCUUUGUAAAUAAUGUUGAUUAAAUAACAAGAAAUAUUGGAAAAAAAAA